AAUGCGCGAAAAAUGAUCGAGGACAGUGGUGUGAAAUGAAAUUUCUGACCGACUUUUUAAUGUAUUUUUCUAUAUUUAUAUAAUAAUAACCAUUGCAAAUGGCCCAUCAAGGUCAAAGAAAAACAUGGAAGGGAUCUCAUCUAAGGCAUUCCUCGGCAUCAGGAGACAAUUUGCGCCAACUUGUGUCACAUCUGCCAGACGUUGUAAUACACACGGAACACCACCGGCCCAUGCCUUACGACACACAGUUUGAGGCUGUCUUACUCUUUGUUGAUGUCUCUGGAUUCACGGAUCUAUGCGAACGCUACACCAGCUUGAGUAGUAAAUCAGGAGUAGAUCAGUUAACACGGACACUGAAUGCCUACAUGGGGACACUGGUAGAUGAGAUUCUCACUGCUGGAGGCGAUGUCUUGAAAUUUGCAGGUGAUGCAAUAUUGGCUGCUUGGAAGUGCACACGGCCAGAUGAAAUAAGAAAGAAAGUUAUUCAAGUUGUGAAAUGCUGUAUAAACAUCCAGAGGACAUGUGGUGAAUAUCAGACUGAUGUUGGAGUAACACUACGAGUGAAGAUGGGUGUUGCAGCUGGUAAUACGACAAUCAACUUCAUAGGCAACAAGGAGUACUGCCACUAUGUAUCCACAGGGCCAGUUGUAGAGGAAGUGAACAAAGCAGAAUCCUUCUGUUGCCGUGGAGAUGUUGUAUUAUCUCCUUCCGCAUGGCAGUACUGCAACAAGAGGGUCAUUGACCAUGAAAUUCUGUCGGACGGGAAACAUGUCAAGGUUCUUCAUGUGAUGGAUUUUGAUGCAUCCAACCCUUAUGCCAGUGCAGGCUCAGAUGCAGCUGGGACCAAGAGGCAACUGGAUCCCCUGCGACCACCUGGAUCCCCUCAGACAGGGGGAAAAAAUGUCAGAGUACAAAUUGAUGUUAUGAAGAUGAUGGCAAAGCGUCUUGGGGUCAAUCUAGACCAGGUGUUAAGAUUGUAUGUGCCAAAACCUGUGCUAAGAAAGCUUGAUGAUAACUUGCCUACAGAAUACAUGUCUGAGAUGCGUCUGGUGUCCAUUGUGUUUGUUAACUUAAUGCUGUCUGAAGACCAGACAACCAGUACUCAUAGUCUGUUGCAAGAUGCCCUGGAUAUCAUCUACCCUGAAGUCAGGUCAUUUCAAGGGUCUUUGAACAAAAUAUUCAUGUUUGAUAAAGGGUGCACCUUCCUGGUCCUGUUUGGUUUACCUGGCUUUAAACAUGAAGGGGACUGUGCCCAUGCCUUGCAGUGUUCUUACAGACUGAAGAACAAACUGGACAUGCAUAAAAAUAUUACGCAGACCUCCAUAGGUGUGACUACAGGUAACUCUUUUUGUGGAGUUGUGGGACACAAGGAUAGGCAUGAAUACACAGUCAUAGGUCGUAAAGUGAACAUGGCUGCACGACUGAUGAUGUAUUACCCUGCCAUAGUCAGCUGUGACAAUGAGACAUUUACUCACUCCAAACUGAACCGAUGCAAUUUCAAAACCAUGCAGGCAAAAAAGCUCAAGGGGAUGCAUAAGAUUGGCAUAGUUAGGGAAUACACUGAGGAAGGGAAAGAAAACAUGGCUAGUGAUGUUCAAACAUUUGAAUAUCCAUUACUUGGCCGAGAAAAAGAGAUGGAAAUUCUUGAGGCAGAACUCAAAGCAAUGAAGGCUAAUGGAGAAAAUCACAAGAUGCUUGUAAUUCGUGGGGACUCUGGAAUGGGCAAAACUAGAGUUCUGGAUGCCGUCAUCAACAGAGCUUUGAAUAUGAACAUCAAAGUUUUUUCAUGCACUUUGAAUUUGAAUGAUACCCAGACCCCUCUGUUUCUUGUGCGGAACUACCUGUAUCUGAUGUUCAACAUCCUUCCAAGCAUGAAUCAUCAUGAAAAAGAAAGAAAGCUCUCAGAAAAAUGUGCUGGCGUGCCAGAAAUAUUAGACAAUCUCUAUCUUCUAAAUACUUUAUUGGGUCUCAAGUUUCCAGCAACCAUUAGUUAUGUGACCCUUGAAGAAAGACAGAAAGCCUUGCAUGAGUUGUUGCACAGACUAGUUCACCAGAUCAGUCUAGAGACUGGGGUAGUCCUGUUUGCAGCAGACGACGCCCACUUCAUUGAUGCAGACUCCUGGGAGUUUUUAAGCGACCUUGGGAUUGAUAACAAUGCCUUGGUGGUCCUUGCCAUGUGUCCUCUCACAGAAGGCAAGGGGUGCAAGCUUGCCCUGGAUGCUCUCAAAGAUCCCAACACUAUAUCUGUGGAUAUGAAGGGCAUAGACCCAAAGUGCAUGUCAGCUUUAGCAUGUCAGAUUUUGAAUGUGGCAAGGAUACCCAAAGAAAUAGAAGCUGUGCUGCACAGUCAGAGUCAUGGUAACCCCACCUGGUGUGAGCAGCUACUGAGGGAGAUGUUCUGCAGCAAACGCUUACUGAUUGUGGAAGAUGAUGGUUCCAAGCACAGCGUAACUGUGGCACCAAACCCAGCUCUCCUUGUCAAAAAACAGCAGCUAAGAGGGAAAGAUUUGGUGGAUAAAAAAGACUGGCUCAUGACGGAGGAAAUGACAGAGCUUGCAGAAGCUGGAGAGUUGAAUCAUGAAAGUGGCACCUCACUUACCAGGAUAUGUAUUCUAGCCCCUGGGGCCAAAAUUAAUGAAGUGCGCACUCCAGAUUCCAUGAAAGGUAUGAUCAUAACCAGAAUUGAUCGAAUGCAGCCAACUGACCAGAUGGUUCUGAAGUGUGCCUCUCUGAUUGGAACUGUGGUCUCACGGCAAAUGUUAUUGGGCGUAGUACCAGGUGCGACGGAAGCCUCCAUCACCAGCUCUCUGAAACGACUUUUUGCAUCUGGAGUGCUAGAAUGUGCAUCAUUCGACAAAAGUUCAGAGCAGAAAAACAUAGUGGCCGAGGCCAGGUGUGACUGUAUCCAGAUAGGUACUAGUAGUAAGACUGAGGUUGAUCCAGCACAGUGCUGCAGACUGAUGAAAUUCAAAUCUGUUCUGAUGCAGGAGACUGCCUACGAAUUGUUUCUAGACAGUCAGCGCAAGAAUCUACAUGAAAAAGCAGCCAUGUUUCUGGAAUCCAUGUCCUAUGACUGUGCAGCCUGUCAGGAGUCAGAGCAGAAUGUUGAUCAAGUGAACGUGACAUAUUUUGUCAAUUUGGAUAAGAACAAAAGUUUGAAAACUCCCACUCCGAGCAAAACGCCAGUCUUGCAUAUUAUAACAGAGGAGGAAGAACCACAGCCAUCAGUGGCCUCUUUUAAGCCAAUUCCUUCUUUUCACAUGCGCACACGACGCCACAGUGAAGUUGCUGCCCUUCAAACUAUGGUACAUUAUGUUGGAGCAAGAGAGCACCAAAAUGUAAUUGAGAGAAUGAAAGCAAAAUUGGCAGGUUCUGAAGAUCGUUUGCAAAGCCUUAUGGAUCUGACAGAUCCUCAGAAACAGAAGGCAGAUGAUUUAAUGAACCAUUGGAACAAUCUGGAUGGUUUUCUGAGAAACAAGGCCACAUCUUCCAAGGAUACCAGCAUGUUUCAGAAGGCCAGUAGUUGUGAGUGUGACAGUGUCCUCACUACAGUGUAUCCUCAGCUGGUCAGACAUUGGAAAGAGACAGGCAAUGUCCAUAAGACACUCCACUAUUUGACAGAAGCUGGUGCUGCUUUCUUGUCAAGAAGUGAGCCUAUACAGGCACUGUCCUAUUUAAAAGAGGCCAGGAAGAUGCUGGAGUCUGUUGACCAGCAUUUCCACCCUCUGACGGGAGUGGAACUGUUUGAGGAGGCAGAAAUAGAAGCAUUGGAGACAAAGAAUGAUAAAAGGGCUCGCAUUGAGAGCCUUUUGGGAGAGGCUUCGUUUGCUACAGGAGACUUAGAAGAGGCAGUGUACCAUUUUACUCAAGCUUUACAUUACCUAGGUGUACUCCAAUUUCACAACAAAGUCUUUGUAGGCCUACGCAUCUUCUUUGAAGGCAUUGAGCAGUAUUUCCAUCUCAAUGAUCCAACUUCUUAUAUCGGAUAUGGAAACCCGGAAGAUUGUAAAACCCAGCUGGAGAUAGCCCAUUGCUUGUUCCAACUUUUCCAUCAUUAUAUAGAGAAAGGAGAUGUGACUAGAGCCUUGGCAGUUGCACUGAAGCAGGUUAAUGUUGUUGAAACUGUUGGAGAGCAGGAGGGCUUACACCAGCUGGUUGUAGCAUACACCUGUAUGAUGGACUGCUGCAGAUUGAAGAAAUGGAGAGGUCUUGCCAAAAAAUAUGAGGCUAUGGCACUGAAAAGAUGUGCGAAUAUCCUGUGUUCAGACUUUACCCCAGACAACUUGGUUGUAGUAGCAAAUGUUUUCUGCACAUGCUUGGAAUCUAGGUUGGCAAAUGGGGACAUUCAAGGAGCUGUAGAGAGCGAUUCUGCUUCGUUUGCUACAGGAGACUUAGAAGAGGCAGUGUACCAUUUUACUCAAGCUUUACAUUACCUAGGUGUACUCCAAUUUCACAACAAAGUCUUUGUAGGCCUACGCAUCUUCUUUGAAGGCAUUGAGCAGUAUUUCCAUCUCAAUGAUCCAACUUCUUAUAUCGGAUAUGGAAACCCGGAAGAUUGUAAAACCCAGCUGGAGAUAGCCCAUUGCUUGUUCCAACUUUUCCAUCAUUAUAUAGAGAAAGGAGAUGUGACUAGAGCCUUGGCAGUUGCACUGAAGCAGGUUAAUGUUGUUGAAACUGUUGGAGAGCAGGAGGGCUUACACCAGCUGGUUGUAGCAUACACCUGUAUGAUGGACUGCUGCAGAUUGAAGAAAUGGAGAGGUCUUGCCAAAAAAUAUGAGGCUAUGGCACUGAAAAGAUGUGCGAAUAUCCUGUGUUCAGACUUUACCCCAGACAACUUGGUUGUAGUAGCAAAUGUUUUCUGCACAUGCUUGGAAUCUAGGUUGGCAAAUGGGGACAUUCAAGGAGCUGUAGAGAGCGGGGGAUCUGCCAAAGUUAUUGCUGAAAUGCUGAGAAGUCAGGAUAUGGAGGUUGAGAUUUGGCCAUCCCAGGCAUCUGCACUGCUGUACUUAGAUCGUAUUUCGGAGUGUGAAACAGUGCUGGAACAACUUGAAUCAGUUGCAAUCAUGUCCAACAAUCCACUAGGAAGUGCAUAUUUUAUUGCUGGUUGCUUGGACGUAGGAUUAGAUGCAGGUUUGCGAGAAUUAACCAUUGGAAAGAAUCAGAUACCUGGUUUGAGAAAGCUCUGGAAUGUCAGCCUCAAAUUCAGGAAACUGUCACCUGCUUCAGGACUGUCUAUGCUGGUGAAGAUGUGUGAAUGUCGUCUGCUUUGUGCCAAUAAGGCUGGUAAAAGACCAUUUGCUGAUGCACUUCUCAAAAAGGCACAAAAGUCAUUAAAAAGCCUUCAGAAGCAAGUUGGAAUGCUUCAAGUCCUUCAGCCUCGUAUGUUACAUAUGGAAGCAUACCUCAGUGCUCUGAAAGGUAAUCUACAGAGGGCUAAAAAAUUGCUGACACAGUGUGAAACUGUCAGCAGUGCCAUGGGGAACAUUCUGGAAACAGAGUGGGCUGCUUGGUCUCAGAAGGUAUGGUUUGACCCAGCGUAUGCUGAUCAUGAGAACGCAUUCUGGAUGCAGGGAGGUGUGACCAGAGUUCAGUCCAUAGACAGCACUGGAACUGCAGCUAGUGUGAGGUUCUCUCUGCCACUGUCAUCUGUGACACCGAAUACUGCUUAGAACCCCUCAUAAGACUUAUUGCUAGACUCCACAAGUCAUUGCUUUGAUCUUAAUGAAGUAUUGUCUGUGAGCUAUUUUCAAAGAAGGAUUUUUGUGAUAAUAGUUUUUAUCAGUUUUAUUUUCAUUUUCAUA